GUCAUUAAACUAUUCAAAAAACCCAUCAUAUGAAUCAAUAAAAAAAACAUCAUAGAAUUUAAAGAUUUUUUUUGAGGCAGAGUAUAAAAAGUUUCCCCAUUUCGUCCACCUUUGGAUUUCUCGAACCAGAUUGCUUUAGAGUGAGAAAGUACAUCCAAGUUUUGAUCUGAGAAAGUGAUUUGAAGAGUUAGUUGGGUUGCUCUGUUUUUUUCACUAUUGCGAUUUGGGCCACAAAAAUUGGGAAGGAGAGAGGAGAUCAAAACCUCUCAGCUUGGAGCUUGAAAGCGAUUCGAAAGAGAGAGAGUACCAAUCGCAGCUUGGAUUUGAUCCAUUGGAGGUUUUUAAUCAAUAGAGAUAUAUAAGUAUAUACUACAAAAGGUAAAGGACAGAGCCAGCUUGUGGAUGGAAGAUUUUCUUGGGUUUCUCUCCUUGUCUGCUUCACAAUUACAUGGAUUGAGGUCCUGAAAAAUGAAAAAUUCUUACGAAACAUUGAGCGAAAACAAGACAUCUGAUCCCCGGCUCCAGAUCAUUAGGCACCCUUUGUACCAACCCUGCAGCAAAUUAUCAUCGCCGUGGUUUCAAUUGAGAGUUUUCUAUGUUAGAAUCAGCAAUUUCUUGGUCGAUGAUUCGACCCCUGAGUGUCUCACUCUGAAUCACAUCCCUCUAAGCCUCGAUACUGUCCUUGAAGUGAAUGGCGUGCGAUGUGGCAUUAACUCAGAAGGAAUCUCAUCUUCUCUUCGGAGAGACAGAGUGGAUAAAAAAUCCGAGGAAGCCACAUUCGUGAGCACUGAUAGUAUAAGGUUUGCAGGGAGUGUGAAAUUUGAGGUUUUCGAUAAAGAAGAGCCGGUGUUAUAUGGGGUUUUGGAGAUGUCAAAUACCAAUGGUUUUAAUGGUGACUCAAAGAGCAGACAAGGAUGGAACAUGAAUUGUGAAUCAAUGAUGACUGCGACGAGUGGAUUCUUGAAGGGAAAACAAAUUGUGGGUUCUGAGUCGUUGUCGCCUACUAUUGAAGUCUAUGUUGCCGGUUGUUUCUCAGGAAGACCAAUUAUCCUAACCAAGACUUUGCAACUUGGUUUCUGGAGAAAACAGAAUAGGAAGGGGAUGCUGGAUUCAAUCCCGGAGUAUGAGACAGCCGAAUCCCCGAAAAAUGUCACCCAUGGACUUGAUCUGCAGGUGGCAGAAUACAGAAACUACAAACCAGAAAGUGAAGAAGACUACAACAACAUGUACUGGAGGACAGAAUAUAUGGAAGGUGAAGAUGGUGAACUCUCUUGGUUCAAUGCUGGUGUAAGGGUAGGUGUUGGGAUAGGCCUUGGUGUUUGCCUUGGAAUUGGAAUAGGAGUCGGUCUCUUUGUCCGUACCUACCAAUCUACUACCCGGAACUUUAAAAGGCGGUUUAUAUAAUCUCUCUUUAUGGAAAACCACAUUUUCUUCCUAGUGACUGCAAAUUUUCUUGGUGUAAGCUCGUGUGGUUUAUCAGUCAUUUUGUGUGCUUCACUUUCUAUUCUCUUUUUAUUGUUAUUUCUCUUAUUUUUGAUGUAGUAAGUUAUUUGACCACUGUUUAUAAGGAUUAAAGUUGGCAUACAUGGGACUUAGAGUUUGUAUGACUUUGUACUAUUCUGUAAAUCAUUUUGUGUUUCUGUAAGGUCACAUAUCAGACAAUCCGUAUCAGUGCAAAUAAUAGCUACAUAUAUGAGCGCAUAUUCAGUUA